GUUCAAUACGAAUGAGUAUGAAUAACCCUUAAGUAUAAUAUGUAUAUUUAUUGCAUCAUUCUCAUACGACGUCUCUGAAAAAUUUAGUGAACAAAUUUUAUCUGCUUGUUAUUUGAAACCAGAAUCUUUCAAAAAUACUUAAAAAAAAAUAAACAAUAUGUCUGCUGUUUAUCCAAUUUUACCUAAAUUGGUUGAGCGAGAUGGUUUUGAUGAUGAAGAUUUAACAGAUAUUGAUGAUGAGGUAUUCAUUAGAGAUGGAAAAAAUGGCUUAAAAUUAGAUGAUGAUGGAGGAGUUAAACGGCCUUUAAUGGCACCUCGUAGAAGAUGUAAAAGGUCAUAUAAUUUUGCGACAUAUGGAUUAUCAAAUAGGACUGGCUUUGGUCUUGUGGGAUUAAUAAUAUUGUUAAGUUUAAUUAUAUUAUGCAUAUAUGUCAUAAAUAUAAUUCCUGGACCAAUGUCAAUCUUGAAAAAUUGGUUAUCACAUGAUCUUAAAGAUUCAUUACAUGACUCUAACAAAAUACCAUGCACAUCUCUUGCAUCAAAGAUUUUAUGGACUAGAUCAUUUCCAAAAUUAACAUCUGAAUCACCAAUAAGAAGCAAUGAUGUUAAUGGUGAUGGAGUUGAAGAUAUUAUUAUUGGAUUUAGUACAGGAUUGGACAUGAUGGAUAUUUCAGAAUAUAUUUGUGCAUUCUACUUUGAUGGACAAGUUCCAUGUUUUGGUGGAGUUCUAGCUUUAAACGGAAGAACAGGAGAUACCCUUUGGGUGUAUUGGACGAAUCAUGCUAUUUUUUCAGUUGAUUGUGGUAUAGACUUAACAAAUGACAAAAUUAAAGAUUGCAUUAUAUGUGGUCGAGGUGGAAUACUUCAUGCAGUUAAUGGCUAUAAUGGAGCUAGUAUAUGGAAAAUGCCAGUUCGAGAUUUAUCAAUUUCAGAAGAAUGGAAGCUCUCAGAUAUCUAUAAUGCUAAAUUUAUUGCUGAUGUUGAUGGAGAUGACAUUGGAGAUAUUAUCGCAUCACACACUAUACAAUCAAGAGAAAUUCAUUCAAGUGAAAUUCUUAUGAUAUCAGGAAUCAAUGGAAAUAUUAUACAUAGUUCAGCUUUACCAGAUACAGAGCAAUUGUUUUUAGCACCUCAGAAAUUAGUCCAUCCAGAUGGAGAAAAUGUUUUUGUCCUUGUUACUAGUAGUAAAAAACAAUCAGGUGGAUUGUAUGUAAUUCCUCAAGUGAAUUUAAUGUAUAGUAACUUGAAACUACAAAAACUUCACCAUAACACAGGAAAAGGAACUUUGCUACCUCCAAUUUUGGUAGAUGUAACAUUAGAUGGAAUUGAAGAUAUUGUUGCUGCUAUGUUUAACUCUACAAUAAUAGUUUAUAAUGGAUUAACUUUUGAACCUAUCUGGAAUUAUACAGUACCUAAUUCUGAAAUAAUAAGUAUGCCGAUUCCUGGUUACUAUAAUGAUGAUAAUGUUCCAGACUUUAUGGUAAAACAUCAGAUAGGUUCGGGUUUUCCAACAUAUUACUACACAGUUGCAACAAUCAUAGAUGGAAAAACUGGUAAAUCUUUACUAGAAAAACCAAUAGAAGAUAGUUUAAGUAGAGAAAUGUCUGGCCUAUCUGUUACCGUUGAAGGAUUUGGAAAUGAUUGGUUUUUACAUUGGUCAGUUGAUUGUCUAAACUAUGAAGGGAUUAAAGAAAAAUAUCAGUUCUUCAGAAGUGAAGAUUUUAUAUCUGAAUCACGCGCUGAUGUUUGUAAACUACGGUUUAACUCUACUUUAAUUACAAAUUUAUAUGCUUUAAGCCAACAUGUUGGACCACCUGGUAUAUCAUUAUAUUUUUCUGAAGACUGGAAGUCAUUAGAAUAUAAUAAUUCUAUGAAUGUUAGAAUAGAAUUACCUGAAAAUACACCUUUUGUAUCUGAACGAUUGCCAAAAAUAUAUAAAGAUGAAAAUAAAAAAGAUAGUUCUAAACAAGAACAGGAAGUUUCUCAUGAAACUUACGAACAGUACACACAACAGAAAAAAUUUACUCCUAUUGGUAGACAAAAUAAUGUUUUGAAAAAUGAGAAUGAAUGGACUCAGAAUAUUAUACAAACAAGUAAAGAUUUUGAUUUGUUAUAUGAUGAGAAUAAUAAAAUUAACAUACAAAGAGAACAGCCAAUAGAUUACCAACAAGAAGAUGAAAUACGAGAACAAAGAAGCGACAUUAAUCUCAAAUUUACUAGUCAAUUUGAUAAGGGAAUAGAUAAUUUUAUAAAAAAUAUGCGUAAUGAUGAAACGGACAUUACGAAUAGUAAGACAAGUACACAUGAAACCUCUCAUAACUUAGACAUUGAAAACAAUGCAAGUGAUGGAGGAACUAAAGUAUUAAGUAAAAGAACAAUUAAUUUGUUGCAUUAUGACGUGAAUAAAACAAAAGAAACAACUGAUCAAACUUUUAUUGAUGUAGAAACCUACACUCGUCAGAUUUUUAAUGUUGCACUAAAAGAAGAAGAAGAAGAAGCUGUUGCUAUAAAAAAAAUUCCUAAACAAAAAUCAUUAAAAGGUCGGAAUAAGAAAAAGGAUACUGGCAUAGAUUUAAAAUUAAAAUUAGAAUAUAAAUCUGGAUUAAAAUUAAAAAAACAAAAAGAAAAGCGGGAUAUAAAGGCUAACAAUCACAUGUAUUCAGUACAUGGUAUACAAAAACAACCACCAACUGGAAUAUUAUUACCAUCUAUUUUAAAAACAGAAGGAAUAAGUUCUAUUGAUUUAGUAUUUUCUACAUUUUGGUUACCGUCUUCUGAGGCAUCUGUAAUAUUAGUUCAAGAAGAUUUUAAUUGUAUUCAUUGGAAAACAUUGCUUUCCGAAAAAAGUUUUCAGUAUAAACAAAAUGAUGAUAUUAUUAAAGAAUGUUUAGGUGAACGAGGUAUUAAUUAUAAAGCAAAUCUAGAAACGAGCAACAAAAAAGAUUUAAAAAUUUCUCUUGGACAAAUGACAAUAUAUAGGAUGAAAUUAGAAUGUAUGUGUCCAGAAGAUAUGUUACCUAAUCAAAGUUGCAAAAAUAUAUCUUUGCAUCAGAAUUGGCCUGAAUAUUUAGGUUCAGGUGGAAAUGGAUAUUUUAAAUCAUUUUAUAAAACAAAUUUUUAAAUAAGAUAGUUAUGUUUUCCAUAAAGAGCAUUAAAUCCAUUGAAAUAUUAAUACUAUUUUAUAUUUUAUUUUUUAAUAAUAAAUAUAUAUUUCUUUUCUAUAAAAUUUAUCAGAAAUAUUAGAUUUUAAACAGUAACAUUAUAAACAGAAUUCAAUGAACUAUAACUAUAUAUUAUUAUUUUUUUAAUAUAUAUUUAUUAUGUAAUAAAAGAAAUCAUUAUAUAUACAAGAUUGUAGUACCUACAAUUUGGUACUAACAUUCUAAAGAUACAAUGUUAUUGCCUAACUGAUAUGUCACAUAAUGAUAUGUACGUAUGUGUGUUUAUAACUUAUAUAACUUACAUAUGUAUAAGUUAUAAGAUUGUCAAUUGUUGUAAUAUUAAUUUAUGCACAAUAUAUUCUAUUUCCAAGGUAUUUGUAAUGUUUAACAUAAUGAUAUGGAAAAUAACUUAUCGGUUGUUGUUAUGUGUAAAAUACUGGUAUUAUAUGAAACAGAUAUCACAACCAAUGUAGUUUUAUUAAAACUUGCUAAAAACAUUGCUUAUUACUGAUAUAGUAACGGAAUAAAACUCUACUAUAUGAUUCUGAAAA